AUGGCCUCUGACAACGGCAGCUCGACUGUCGCCGAAGAGAGGCCGACGUCGGCCGACGGCUCUGACAAUGGCGCCGGCCAGGACAGCGAUGGCUGGGCACUGGAGUACAAAGUCAAGGAGAAGCGCGAGCGUGAGCAACGCUCGGGCAUCCCGCCGCGCCAGCUCGGCCUCACCUGGAAGAACCUGACGGUCAAAGCUGUCGCGAACGACGCCGCCAUCCACGACAACUUUAUGUCGCAGUUCAACAUACCCCAAGUCAUCCGAGACGCACGCAGGAAGCCGCCAAUGAAGUCCAUUCUCAACAACACUCAUGGCUGCGUCAAACCUGGCGAAAUGCUGCUCGUGCUCGGUCGCCCGGGUGCAGGCUGCACAACUCUGCUUAGCGUGCUAGCCAACCGCCGCCGUGGCUACUCGUCUGUCGACGGCGACGUAUUUUACGGAAGCAUGACUCCUUCAGAGGCGAAAAACUACCGCGGACAGAUCGUCAUGAACACAGAGGAGGAACUCUUCUUCCCGACGCUGACGGUUGGCCAGACGAUGGACUUUGCCACGCAGCUGAAGGUUCCGUUCAAGAUGCCCGAAGGUUACAUCGACAAAGACGACAUUCGACAGGAGAACAAGGACUUUUUGCUUGAGUCUAUGAGCAUCUCCCAUACGGACGGUACCAAGGUCGGCGACGCCUUUGUGCGAGGUGUUUCGGGCGGUGAGCGCAAGCGUGUGAGCAUAAUUGAGUGCAUGGCUACGCACGGUUCUAUCUUCUUUUGGGAUAACAGCACCCGCGGUCUUGACGCCAGUACCGCUCUCGAGUGGACAAAGGCUAUUCGUGCUAUGACGGACGUGCUGGGCCUGGCCACUGUCGUCACGCUAUAUCAGGCCGGGAAUGGAAUCUAUAACCUGUUCGACAAGGUGCUUGUUCUUGACAACGGCAACGAGGUCUUUUAUGGCACACGGGAGGAGGCGCGACCCUUCAUGGAGGACCAGGGAUUUGUCUGCCGUGAUGGUGCAAACGUUGCUGACUACCUGACGGGUAUAACGGUGCCGACGGAGCGGCAGAUCAAGCCCGGUUUCGAGCGGACGUUCCCGCGCAGUGGAAAGGCCGUCCGCGAGGCCUACGAGAAAACGCCUAUCUUCACAAAGAUGCAGCGCGAGUAUGACUAUCCGUCCACAGAGGAGGCGCAGGCGAACACGCAAGCUUUUACAAAUGCUAUUGCGACUGAGAAGAAUCCUCAUCUUGGAUCGAGCCCCUUUACGGUUGGAUUUUCUACCCAGGUGAAGGCUUGUAUUAUACGACAGUACCAAAUCAUCUGGGGUGACCGCGCCUCAUUCUUCAUCAAGCAGUUUUCCACAAUUGUACAAGCACUCAUUGCCGGUUCACUGUUUUACAACGCGCCUAGCAAUUCGGCAGGCAUCUUUACGAAGUCGGGCGCGCUGUUCUUCUCGCUUAUGUACAACAGCCUGUUGUCCAUGAGCGAAGUGACGGACUCUUUCCAAGGACGCCCAGUGCUGUUGAAACAUAAAGCGCUGGCUUACUUUCACCCUGCUGCCUACUGCGUUGCGCAGAUCGCUGCCGACAUCCCGGUUAUUCUCUUCCAGAUCACGUGCUUCUCGUUGAUCCUCUACUUUAUGUGUGUAACAGCUAUGUUUCGAGCAAUCGGAGCUCUAUUCGGAACAUUUGACGCCGCCUCCAAGGUGUCUGGCCUUGUCAUCAGCGCCAUAGUUAUGUACAGUGGAUACAUGAUUCAUUAUACGCAGAUGCACCCAUGGUUCAUCUGGCUUUUCUGGAUCAAUCCGCUGGCCUUUGGGUUUGACGCUCUGCUUUCAAACGAGUUUCACGGCAAAGUUAUCGACUGUGUUGGUGGCAAUCUGAUUCCUAACGGUAUUGGCUAUGAGAACGCUAGUGGCCACCAGUCUUGUGCUGGCGUGCUGGGUGCCGUCCAGGGCCAGACAUCUCUAACUGGCGACCACUACCUAAACGCCUUGCAUUACAGCCACUCACACGUGUGGCGUAACUUUGGCAUCAUCUGGGCUUGGUGGCUUAUCUUUGUUAUUAUCACCAUUGUGGCCACCACCAAUUGGCGCGCAUCUUCUGAGUCCGGGCCAUCGCUGCUUAUCCCGCGUGAGAAAGCUAAAUCGCUAGGCCACAUGCUGGCAGCUGACGAAGAGGCUCAGGAUGAGGACCAUGUGGCUAAUGAUGUGGCAGAGACUAAGGAGGUGGCUGGCAACAGCAGCGACAAUGAAAGCAGUGGCAACCUGGUCCGAAACACGUCAACCUUCACCUGGAAGAACCUAUGCUAUGUUGUGAAGACUCCUUCAGGCGACCGCCAGCUGCUCAACAACGUGCAGGGCUGGGUCAAGCCAGGUAUGCUGGGUGCACUCAUGGGCUCUUCGGGAGCGGGAAAGACGACACUGCUGGAUGUUCUGGCACAGCGCAAGACGGACGGCACCAUCCACGGCUCGAUUAUGGUAGAUGGACGACCACUACCAGUGGCUUUCCAACGGUCUGCUGGCUACUGCGAGCAACUUGAUGUGCACGAGCCGUUCGCGACGGUGCGUGAAGCGCUUGAGUUCUCAGCGCUCCUACGCCAGAGCCGGACAACGCCCCGGGAGGAGAAGCUGCGCUACGUUGACACAAUCAUCGAUCUUCUGGAAUUGCACGACCUCGCCGACACGCUCAUUGGGCAAGUGGGUGCCGGCCUUAGUGUGGAGCAGCGAAAGCGUGUGACCAUUGGCGUGGAGCUGGUGGCGAAGCCUAGCAUCCUGAUUUUCUUGGAUGAGCCAACUUCAGGGCUUGAUGGCCAGUCUGCUUACAACACCGUGCGCUUCUUGCGUAAGCUGGCUGACGCCGGUCAGGCGGUUCUGGUGACGAUCCAUCAACCAUCGGCACAGCUGUUUGCUGAGUUUGACACGCUGUUGCUCCUGGCUCGAGGUGGGAACACGGUUUACUUCGGCGACAUUGGAGACAACGCGGCUACAAUCAAGGCUUACUUUGCACGCUAUGGUGCAGCAUGCCCUCCCGAGACAAACCCGGCAGAAUACAUGAUCGAUGUUGUGUCGGGCCUGAUGUCGCAGGGUAAGGACUGGGCCAAAGUGUGGCUAGAGUCGCCGGAGUACACGGCUGUAACGACAGAGCUGGACAGACUUAUUAAGGAGGGCGCAUCACGUCCAUCUGCCAGCGACAAUGACGAUGGGUUCGAGUUUGCCAUGCCGCUGUGGGAUCAGAUCUAUAUUGUGACUGCACGCAUGAACGUGGCUCUAUACCGAAACGUUAACUACGUCAACAACAAGCUCGUUCUGCACAUUACAUCUGCUCUCUUCAACGGUUUCUCCUUCUGGAUGAUUAAGCAUAGCGUCUCUGCGCUGCAACUGCGUGUCUUUACCAUCUUCAACUUCAUCUUCGUCGCACCCGGUGUCAUCGCUCAGCUCCAACCAUUGUUCAUUGCCCGACGCGACAUCUUCGAAACCCGCGAGAAGAAGUCCAAGAUGUACUCAUGGGUCGCCUUCGUGACAGGCUUGAUUGUGUCGGAGAUCCCCUACCUCUGUAUGUGCGCGGUGCUGUACUUUGUCUGCUGGUACUACACUGUCGGUUUCCCGAAAGACUCAGCCCGCGCCGGCGGUACGUUCUUCGUUAUCUGGCUGUACGAGUUCGUCUACACCGGUAUUGGGCAAGCAAUUGCGGCGUAUGCUCCAAAUGAUGUCUUUGCGACACUGGUCAACCCGCUGUUCAUCGGAAUCCUCGUGUCGUUCUGUGGUGUGCUGGUUCCAUACUCUGAGAUUCAGUCCUUCUGGCGCUACUGGCUAUAUUACCUCAACCCCUACAACUACCUUACCGGCAGCCUGCUGGUGUUUGACAUGUGGGGCACCAAGGUUGAGUGCGGCAGUCAUGAGCUUGCCUUAUUUGACCCGCCUAGUGGCAGCACCUGUUCGUCAUACCUCAGUACUUACAUGAACGGCGCCGGAUCGGGCACCCGGUUGCUCAACCCAGACGACUUGUCAGGUUGCAAGGUGUGCCCAUACCGGGAUGCAAGUGACUACCUACACACAGUCAACCUUACGAAAUACUUGGAUGGCUGGCGUGACACCGGCAUCGUGGCUAUCUUUGUCUUUAGCUCAUACGGCAUGGUAUACCUUCUCAUGAAGCUGCGGACAAAGACUUCCAAGAAGGCAGAGUAA